AUGCGAGAAGUCGUAUUACUUGAAGUCCCUGCGCGCGACAUCGUCAAGGAGUCCACGUUUUUGGAGCUGUUCAGCGCAAGUGUCUAUGCUUUCGAGGCCGCGUUUUCAGCCAUUGUCCGCGUUGGGCGAGCUCUUCUUUCAGGCUGUGUCCAGAGUGAGCUACGGAAUUGUGAAGAAAGAGCAGACUUAGUAUUACUAAUGGUAGCAUUGGAGCAAAGGCGAUCAUCUCAGGACGGAACGCUCAAGAAGAAGCACAGCAUUUCUCAUCACCUCGCUGGUGACCCUGGAGGGAGGGAGUUUACAAGGACGCAAGUAGUUAUAAGAGCAUCCGAUAUUCUCCACGACCUUCUCCUUAAGCAUGUCGGUCUCGAAAGCACGCCAGCCGUUUUCAUGCUAUGCUGUUCCAUUGGUGCUCGUGGCCCUGGUAGAAUGCAUGGGACGGUAUCGACAACGGACGGUGAGGUGAAGUAUCAAGUGCUUGAGCCUCAGACGGCGUAUGGUCGAGACGUAAAAAGCAUGAAUGGAGAAGAUGGCUGGCCGCGCCAAGCCCAAGGACUUUCUCUGAGACCUACCAACAUUGUCCAGCACUCUAACAAUAGCAUCCGAGUCGCUUUGAGAGAGCUCCUGGCGACAGCGGCGAACCAUCAACCAGCGCAUUUCAGCCUUCAACCAGCGAAGGCCCAGAAAUCCUCUACAAGACUGCAUUUAGCAAGGAAAGAGACCUUGUCGGCAUCACCACAAUGCCAGGCAUCUGUAGGCCACGUACCGACGCUGAAGAAGCAGUGGUUAAAGCUGAGGUGGGAACGACGACUGCGAGCUGAAACCGCCGACUGGAACGGGAUGGCAGAGAUUGAGAUAGUUUUCUUGCAUAGCAUGCUGCAAAGCGACAAGCAUAAAGAUGAUCGUCGACCUGCUUACAAGCUGAGACUCGCGUGCAUCCCGUAUGUUGAGACAAAGGGUAUGAGACAAUUCAUGAGGAUAAUGGAAUCAGCAGGAUGGGUCUCAGAUGGCAUCGAACAAGACAUCUCAACAAACUUGGUGAACAUAAGAUUACCAUCAUCCUGCAGAAUGCCCACCUCCUGCAUCACACAAUCGACAUCGAUCAUAGUCAUAAUCAUGGCAACCGACCCACUGGCGAUGCACGCCCUUCUCGAACAACUCGACCAAAACCUGGAAGCGGGCAAAAGCUAUCCGGACCAAGCAGCACAAGAUGAUUUCUGCCAACAGCUCAUCGCUGCCACUCAAUUGAAGAAUCGAUCAAAAUCUGGGCAAGGAGGACUGCACACUUUCAAGUCGCUUCGGGAAGUGGUCCGCUACACUCUUCGCGGGAACAAGAAGGCGCAAUACGGUCCCGGUGGAAGUGACAAGAAGGAGAGCCAGGAUGCUUUGAAUCACUUCUUUACCAUCGGUAGUGAUAUGUUGAAGGAGACGUAUUUGGUCAAACUUCGGGCUAUUGUUCAGAAGAAUGCUGACGGUGCAUCUGGAUCAACCACGACCACCGCGGGUAAGAGCAGUGCCGCAAAUGUGAUGGUACCAGUAUCCGCAAUGGAACCUACCGAUGGCCAUGUAAGCAAGGAGGAGGCAUGGCACGGUUCUACAUUGGCAUCGGCGGCUCUGGCUGAGCAUCAAAUCGCUUCCCGUGACAGUGCAGUCCAGACGCGACCUUUCGGGCCUUAUCUCUCUCAGCCAACUGAAGGUCCUGAACGAGCGUCAAAGAAACGGCCACUACACGAUCACGAGAACGCAAAUUCCGAAAAGCGCAUCAAAAGGGAACAUGAAGCAUCCAGAAUUGUUGUUCUCCAGAUCGAAACGAGAAACACGCUUGAAGCAAUCCAGGACAACGAACUACCAACCAAAUCGCCCAGGAUGGAGAAUGUCCAAAAUCAUCCACGAUUCCCGUGUAGUCUUCCAACGCCAUCGCUCAGUCCACCUCCAGUUCCGCAACCGAUCACUUCGCAUCGACCUCCAUUAGGCUGUGUCUCUCAAGCGGAAAUAUUGGAAGAUAUCAAAUCCAUUACUACCGCAAUCUCAUCUUUCCUCGGAACUCCACAAUUAUACAGCCCUUCAUCUCCAAUCCUCGCAACGCUGCUGGGUAAUGACACUUAUAUCCCGUCAUCACCUCAUCUCUCAUGCUCGCCUGCAUCGCAUGACUCGGUUUGGGAAUGGCUGAUUGAUAGUAUUCUCUCGCCGGAUCUGCCAUCUACGUCGUCAUUUCUGGGCAUGUUGAGUGAUGCUUCGAACCAGGGUUCUGGAUGCUGA